GCCGCCCCCAGGGGGCGCCGCAGGGCAGGAUGCCGCCAGAGCGGGGGGGGGGGGGAAGAGGCGCUGUCCCUAGCAGGAGGUGGGCGCUAUAAGGCAGGGUCACCCCCGAAGCAGGGAGACGCUCCCGCCCGCCUUAGAUCACGUGAGCGGGGCUCUGCCGGCGCCAUUUUGUUCGGGUGUCUGAGCGCGCCCCCUUGCCCGCCGCGUGACGGUGGUGGUGUCGGGGACGCGCACGCAAGGGGCCCCGCGGGCAGAGGAGGAGAACGGCGCCGGGAAACUGAACUGCGAGGCCUCCCGCCCGGCCCCUUGCACUGCCGCCGCCAUGUACCGCUCCAGCGGCGGCCGCUCCGGUCCGCCGCCCUCCUCCCACCGCUCCAAGGAGAGCAGCUCGUCGGGGUCCCGCAGCUCCCGCUCGGGUACCUCGGGAUCUGGGCCGGGCCCAGGCCGCGGCCGCCCCCCCUCCUCGGCUUCGCCGCCUCCCCCGUCCCGCCGCCACCGCUCCCCGUCCGGCCACCGCGCAGCCUCCCGCCGCUCCCCGUCCCCGCACCGCAGCAAGAGGCUGCCCUCCCCGCCGGGGGGAGCGGGGCCCGGGCGGAGCCGGGCCCGACGCGGGGGCGAGCAUGGAGACAGCAGCAGUAGCCGGAGACGUUCUCCGAGCCUCCGUUCUGAGUCUUCACUGGAGCAGAGUUUGCGGAUCACUGUUGGUAAUGACCGGUAUUGCAUUGACACACCAGAGCGAAGGAGACUGCCUGAACGUCUGGGCUCACCAGUUGAUAACCUCAGUGACAUGGACAGGGAUGACAUGGCUGAUGGUCCAAUAUUUACCAGAGGCCUCCCAUGCCCUCGAGGCCUUGAACGAUAUCCCUCUCAUGAAGAUCCGUCUUCCAGUCCCUACAUAAUGAGACAUGAUGAGGACUACCGCAACAGAGAUGUAUUCCUUCACCGGUCAGACUACAGUCCACACUAUGGUCAUCGUGAAGAACUGUCAAGGGGACCUGACAGGGAUAGUGAUAAACUCAGGAAAUCCUCCUACCCAGCAAGGCCAGAGGAGAGAGGGCGAGAAGCAAAGCGCCCUCGGUACGACAAGGAUGAGAAGAUGCAUGGCAUGAGUGGGGAUCAUCAUGGUUUCACAUUGGGAACACGAAAUUAUCGCAGACGGAGCCGUGGCCGAAGCCAAAGCCCAUCAUAUCUGGGUGAAGAGUUCCGGGAGCUUGAUCGUGCCAGGAGGAAAAGAGAAGAGGAAGAACGGAGCAGAAACUUGAACCAUGAUCUGUCUGGUAGUGGAUACAUGAUCCCUGGCUUGACUAGCACACUGCAGUCUUCUGAGACUCGGUACUUAUACAGACCUGAUGAAGCGCCAUCUAUGCCAAAAAAAUCUAUCCUGAAGAAACGAGUGGAGGUGGAAAUGGAGUCCCCGAUGCAGCUUGAGGGCUUUCCAAACAGCUCUCCAUCCAGCAAAGAUCUCCCUCUUCUUUCAAGUCAUUCAUCUUUGUCCCAGAGCGGCAGCAGCACUGCUUUUGCCUCUGAAGUGGAGAACUUUCUCAAACGAUUUAACACAGACUCUGUGGAGUCGGCAAACAAGGAAUUGCAUGAUGGUGUAUAUGAGUGGAAUUCACUUCCUGGGCUUCCCAAUGACAACUUUACAUUUGAAAAGAAGUUUGGAAGCUUCUUAAGUCACAAGGAGAAGUUGGAACCAAAAUCAGAGCCUACAGACCGUCAUACUGACUUCCUCCUCCCUCAUGAGAGGGCCAGUCAGGAUGGCAGUGGCUUCUCUCGCAUUCUGGGCAUGAUGGCUGAUUCUGCCAGUGCUCAAGAAAAGAGAAGGCGCAGCUUUCCUGACAUUGAGGAUGAAGAAAAAUUUCUUUAUGGUGAUGAGGAUGAAGACUCCAAAACAGAAUCUUCCCCUGUUCAAAAGCCCCCAGUGAGUUGUGGGAGUGAAGUUACAAGCCAGAAAGUGAGUCCCCCUCCUUCUCCAGCUGUAAAGCUAGAUUCUCUGGAAGAGUCCAACACAGAAUAUGCAAAGAUUCAUGACUUGCUCAAAACCAUUGGGCUUGACAUUGGGGUGGCUGAAAUUGGCAAACUGGCUGUCCGCACGCAGGAACGCCUCCAUGGCAAAAAGCUGGCAUCUCAUUCUCCUGAUCGUCACUCUUCAGAUUCCCGCAGACUGGAAUCCUGGGAGAUGCGCCGCAGCCGGAGUGACACUCGUUCUCCAGAGUCAAGCCAGCAGCGCUCUGCAUCACCUCCUGGCUCUUUCCAGCCAUCCAAAGAGACAUCCUCUCUCCAGAAAUCAGAAUACUCUCAAAGCAAAGCUGUAGGUCAGGAGAUACCUGCUUGCCCAACAGAACAGUCUGUUCCUUCUGUGUCUCUAAUCCCUUCUGCGCCACCUGCUCCUGCCAGUUUGCCCCCUACAUCUGUUUCCCAAUACCAGAUUCCAAACUAUCCACAAUUUACUGCAGCUCAGAUGCCACAAAACUAUCCACCUCCCACAAUGGCCCCUCACGCCUAUGAUGCAUAUGGGCACUAUAUGGCUUAUGCAGCCUCUGGCUGGCCCAUGUACCCCCCUCCACAGCAACCUAACCCUACACUGCCAGAGGCUCAUGGGCUUCUCACAAUGGCAAUGCCAGCAAACCCCACACGCCCAAAUCUCCGGGUGAUUGAGACAGUUUCCAUGGGCAAAAAUCCCCCUAAUAUCAAGAGAGGUGACUCUGUGCUCAUGCAAAUCCCCAUCACCACUACCACUUACUCCAAAAUGCCCCUUCGACUUGCCACACGCCCACUCAAAAGUACCACGGAAAAGAUCUCUGAUGAAAAAAAUCGGGCAGCUCAAAAGCAGAAGGUCAUAGAAGAGAGAGAGAAACUGAAGAAUGACAGAGAAGCAAGACAGAAGAAGCUCUAUUAUCUCAAGACUGAAUUAGAUAGACUACGUAAACAACAAGGGGAGAUGCUGCGGAAGAAAAGGCGGGAGAAGGAUGGGCACAAAGACCCUUUACUAGCAGAGGUGAAUCGGCUGCAAGAAAACAUUAUGAAGGAGAUUUCUGAGCUGCACAAGGAGUCUGAUGCAGCAGAGAAGAAGCAAUCUGAGCUUGACAAGGUAGCCCAGAUCCUGGGGAUAAACAUUUUUGAAAAACCCCGGAAACCAUCUAUGGAAACUAAAGAAUCCACUGAAAAAAACAGCAAGUCAGAGAAUGCAAAAGGUCUGGAGAAAACGCCCUUUUCCAAUAAGGAAUCAAAAACAACAAAUGAAAAGUCCAGAGGUAAAAGUCCCAAGCCGGCAGAAUCCUCUUCUCAGUCGUCCAAGCAUCCUUUCCAGUUGGCCAAUAUUUAUGAAUAUUAUGACGCAGGGAACCACUGGUGCAAAGACUGCAAUACCAUCUGUGGGACCAUGUUUGACUUUUUUACACACAUGCACAAUAAGAAACACAGACAGACCCUGGAUCCUUACAACAGACCUUGGGCUUCGAAGACCCAGAGUGAGGCCAAACAAGACUUCGUAAAACGCAUUGAUAAGAUAACGGUUCCCGCCAAAGGCUCUGAGUUUCUGAUUCCCAUCACUGGAUAUUAUUGCCAGCUCUGUCAUGAAUUUUUUGGAGAUCAAAUCUCAGGAGAGCAACAUGUGAAAAGUCAUCCUCACAAUGAGAAAUACAAGAAACAUGUGGAUGAGAAUCCACUUUAUGAAGAGAGGAGAAACCUGGACCGUCAAGCUGGCUUGGCUGUGGUCCUGGAAACGGAGCGCAGGCGGCAGAAUGAGAUGAAACGGAAACUGGGAGAAAAGCAAAAAGAGGAGAAAGAUGAGAAGAAGGCAAAAGUGGCAAAAAAAGAAGAAACAAAGAGCACUCCAGAGUUGGGAGAAGGGGUUAGUGAAACCAGUAGUACUCAGGGCAAAAUGGAUACUGCUGGGCGGAAACUUGGCAUUAAGCUUAAAUUGAAGAAGGAAGAGAAGAAGGAAGAGAAGAAGGAAGAGAAGAAAGAGGAUUCAAAAAAGGAAUCGCCAACUCAAUCUUCCUUUGGAAAGUUCAGCUGGAAAAAGAAUGAGAGAGAGGAUAAAAAUCCAGGAGCAGUUGCAGCUCCCCCAAAGGAGGAGAGUGUUGAAGGAAAUAAAGAUAAGGAGGAGGGCAAGUCUCAAUCUGGGAAACCCCAUGCCAAGCCCAUUGAAAUUAAGCUCUCUGGGAAGACCGUUAUACCACACACUAGCCCCUGGACACCAGUCGCUUCCACUUCAACACAAGCAAAAAUUCGACCCAAUCUGCCAGUCCCUACCAUGAUUUUCAGGAAGUCUGCAACAGCAACAGUAAGCAAGCCAGCACCUUUAAACACUUUUUUGUCUAUAAAAUCCUCUGGUGCCACCACCAAACCACUACCUGUAGUGAAAGAAUCCAAUGCAGAUGUUCUGCUGCCUCCAGAUAUAAUCUCAAAAGCGUUUGGGGGAGAGGAGGUAAUUUUGAAAGGGACACAGGAGGAUAUGAAAGUGCCAGAGAAGAAUGAAUCCUCUGAGAAGCCACCUCCACCUCCACCCUCAAUUCCACCUCCAGCUAAACAGGCAGCAGUCAUCCCAGCAGAUGAAGUGGCGCCAGGGGUAUCUGAAAGUGACCAGGAAAUGCUGGCAAUGCCAGUGCGCCCCCCUCCACCACCACCUUCUACUGCUUUUAGUGACCAGGCUAAAAAAAUAGAGAAACGGAACUCUUGUCUGGCCACAGCAAAUGCUAAAGACCUCUAUGAUAUCUUCUACAGUAGUGGUGGAAAGAAUUCAUCUGAUAGCAAACUUGCAAGUUCCCCAGUUCCAAAUGGAGAAAACUUUAACAUAGCAAAAACAGAGAGAAGCACAGAUAUGCCAGCAAACUCUAAACCAAGUAGCAGUCCAUCUUCCAUGAAAGAAACUUUCCAAUAUAUAGCUACUUACUCAGAGGUUAGUCAGGUCUACUCAGAUGAGGGGGCCUCAGAACCUGAGAAAGUAGAAGUCCAGGAGACUUCAACACCCUAUACAGAAAAGAGCACUGAAAUCCCAAACAGGGUUCAGGGGGAGGUGAGCUAUGAAUCCCAAAAUGUUCUUGCAUCAGACUUUCAAGCUAAAUCCAAAGAAGAGGAAAUCGUGCAGUCUAAAGAUCAAGCAGCAGGUGCUUCAGUUCCCUGGGAGAAUGAGGUAGAAAUGGAAACUAUUUAUCAGGCAGAAAUUAGUAAGAAACUACCAGAGCCUCAGAUACCAGAAAUGUCAGUCAGACAAUUGUCGGAAAUUAAAACUGUCACCCAUAUCCAGAAAUCUGUAGAAAUGAGAGACAUGGGUAGAACAGGUGGAGAACAAGAGGUCUGCCAGGAAUCCCAAGAUCCACAAAUAAUUGAGGUCCAAGGGAAAACCAGAGAGGAGAAGAGAGACAGUACUGUGGAUGCCAAAGCAGAUAUAUCUAAUACUUCUGAAAAAGAUAUAGAGAUGGAAGACUCAGAGUUAACAGGAGCUCAUUUUGAACUUAGUCUCGGACACCCAGGGAAUCAGUUACCUGAAAGAUGCAUUGAAAUCCACAAGGUGGGAGAUCCCAGUUUAACAGAGGAAAAAUUAAGUGAUGACAGCUAUAAAACUAAUACAGAAAUUGACAGCCCAGAGUUGCCAUAUGUUCAGGGUAAAUUGGAACAACUAGACACAUCAAAUAAAGUCAGUGAGGAAAAAGUUUCCGUAGCGAUAAUGAUAGAACAUGAUGCAUCCUUACAAGGAAUAAAACUGGGAAAUGUAGACUUGGAAAGGUCUCAGUCAGCAGUUAUUGAUGAAGCCCUCCAGACUUCAGAGAUCCAAAAUAGGGUUUCAGAAUUGACAGCAAAAUGCCCAAGUGAAUUGGACUCCUCUCAAACUAGUAAUAAAAACGAACAGAUCAUCUUGGUUAGUUCUCAGUCACAAAGUAGUCAGGAACUACCAUAUACUCAAACAGUAGAUAAUCCAGAAAUAAACAAUGGUUCUAAUGAAGUCAGUGUCCCUGUCAUGUGUCUCACCAACGUAGAAAUGAAAAAUAGCAUAUUAGUGGUACAAGAAGAGCUCAGGCAUGAAAAUUCAAGCUGUGCAACGUUAGACAUCCACCGCCAGGAGCAGGGUGUCACAGAGCUAGUUGGCACCUGUACUGCAAACACUGUUGAACCCAAUUCCUGCCUAGAGUUAAUGUAUGAUGUUGAAAAUAAUACAUUGAGAGGCCCUGAAUCAGAUAUAAAGUUAGGGAAUUUUACUGCAGAGAAAGAUGCAUUAGAAAUAGGAGGUGUUGACUUUUCUAGUGCUCAGUCUGAUAUGGUUCAAGAGCCACUAGAUGCUCUACCAGCAGACUUCAAUGUGGGUCGUCUUGGAGGAGGGACCCUUAGCCACACAGAAAUAAACCAAGAGGUCUUAAGUACCUCAGCAGCUAGUGACUUUGACCUUAACACCACUUACUCAGAAUUUAGCUUUGAACAAUCAGAAACUCUCACGCUAAAUUUUAAUAUGGAAAAUGAGAAAGAUUCCUUAAAGCCAGAAGAUGUAAAACCUAGUGACACUCCCAUCCUGAAAGCAGAGUUGGAGUUAGAAAGCAUUGAUUUCAGUUUGGGGGACAUUGAAGUGGAACGUGAACAUCUUGGUAUCCUAACAGCAGGAAUUCUAAAUGAGGAUACUGAAGAUCUCCCCAAAUUAGAAACCAUUGCAUCCAUCGGGCUGGAGCCCAGCAAAACCAGUGAACUGAGCAUUGAGCAGCCAGUGGAUGAGCCAGAAAUUAUUGAUUUUGUUGCAUUAACUUCUGGUGAUCAAGAAGACAAAUUUUGCACCCUGAUCUCUGAAACAGCUGCCCCACACCUUGAGUCACGCUUAUCAAAUAGUGACACUACAGAAGUGGACAUGCCUGUUUUAGAAAUACAGGGCAUUCCUCCAAUCUCUGAGAUCCUUCUGCAAGUGGAGGAGAGCAAAGACAGCACAGUAGACAUUGCUGAAAUGCCAUCAUUGAGCUGUGAUGGAGACAGUGUGGAAAACCAGGCUGCUGGCUGCAUUGAAACUGUCCUCCCAGAGCUCAAGGAAACACCUGCAAAGGAGAGUGGCUCAGGGGACAAUGGAUUGUGCAUUGUUCAGAGCAACACAAAAACUGCUGAUGGUAGUUUGGAAACUAACAAGCUCGCUUCAAUAACUGCUGAAAGCUCAGCAGAGAGCCCAGUGGGUUGAAAUGGACCCAGCCAGUCUCAAUAUUUGAGGAGCCGGUGCUGGGAUUUUGUUAUGUAUAUUCUUUGUUUCAGUUUAAUAUGGGAGUAUUUUGCAACCUGCAGUAGAUACUGACUAAAGCUUACACUUGUUUUACCAAAAACCAGACACACACUUUAUUCUGUACAUACUGAAUUGUGUAAAAUGUUUUUCUUGUGAAAUUUCACCAAUUUCUUUUCUGUACUCUGCCAUUAAAAUGGAAUCUCAUAAUGUGUGAUUUGGUUGUUUUUGUUUAUUUUUUGUCUUUUAUUCUUUACCAUUUUUGGAUGGUUUCCAGUUCACACAUUAAGUUACAUCAGUAACAUUCCAUGACUAGCCUGUGAGACAAGCUCAAGAAAACCCAUUCAGAACUUAAGGAAACGGACACUCUUGCAGAAGAAUUGAAACUAAAAGUUUAUUUCAGAUGUAAUGCAUGAUUUUGAUUGCUCCCAUUGUUUGAAAUGCAGAAAGUGUGAAUAGAGUUGACUUUGUUUCAUGUCCUGUGGUUUGUAAUUACUGUUGUAUUACACCUGUACUUAAAUGGUCUCCUACUGUAUUGUAUAAACACAUGUGGAUACCACCUCACUAAGCAAGGGAGAAAAUCUGUCAACUCACUUUUGAAGAAGAAGACUAAUCGGUAAGGCUCCAUGGCCUGACACCUGGACCAGACAAUUUGAGGUCACUUACAUGAUUUGAAAUGGCCUUUCUUUCAUUGUAUUGUGAUCCAGUAACUAUUUGUGUUAAAUCAUUUAGCAGCUGCCCUGCUCUGAAGAACCAGAAGAUCUGAACCCUGGUCUCAGGAAUUGGACUCGCUCGGUGUGCCACAGCUGCAUACAUGCCCACCCUGAAUGGUCCCUGAGCCAUUAAACCUGUAGUGUGAUGGUUUUCAUUUGUACAGUUUGUCAAAGAUUAAAGCGUUAAAAUGUUUGCUUGCAUAAAUCUAACAUUUUUUUAUUUGUUAAAUCAUUUAAAAUAAACUUAUGGUAAUCAAAAAUAUAUUUUUCUAAAUUUUCAUGGUUUUAUUUCAAACAAGUAUUUUAUUUUAACCAGCUUCAGGUGAUGAGAGACAUUGAUAUGACAGCAGUAGAGAAGUAAGAUCUCCACCAUUAAGUCUGACCAGUAAAGGCUUGAUCUAAUUCCCAUUGAAAUCAGCAGAAAGACUCCAAUUGACUUCAGUGGGAAAUUGAUCAAGUUCUGAAUUAUGCAAGGCUAGCAGAAAGGAGCAGCGACUUACCAUUUCAUAUUUCUUGUUUUACUCCACGCCAACCUGUAACUCUUUAUUCUUAAAGGUGGACUUACAAAGGGAAAAUGGACUGGUGCCCUUUUUGCUUUUUAAAAAAAUGCGUGUAAAAGCGUGAAUUUUUUUCAGAAGUUUUUGCUUUAUUUUUUAUGUGAGAAAUGUAGGUCCCAUCUAGGCUGAAAAACUGGAGAGCUAGUGUAAAUGGUGACAUCAUAAGAAGCAGCAAGAUAAUGAAAAUUAAGCUGUUAGGGGAAAGGAUUUUUAGUUAGACUGCCUAAAACUAUUUUUAUUGACACUUAAGCAUUUACCAUUUUGAACAGGAAGCCUUUGUUAGUCUUCACCCUCUCCUCUUCAAUUAAAAUGUUAUAUCUGUUGUAAUUGCUUAUCUUCCACUUCCCAAAAUGCCUCCCAACACAAAACCAUAGAAGACAAUAUUAUGCAUAUCUGCUAUUAUUAAAACACAAGCUGGGGCAGGGGGAGAGAGAUUGUUCAAGUCGUCUUCAUACAUCAUAGAGGUACCCUUUCAAAGUUGUGUUUGGGUUUUGUUUGAGUUCUGUGCUCUUGUCUUGGGAUUCAGUCUCUCUUCCGUAUUAGCUUUUGUUCCUCCAAUGAUACGUCCUCUGAAUGCAACUGAUUGCAAAUGUCAGUAGAUGUUAUUUUUCCUCCUUUCUUUAUACCAGUUUCUUCAGAGAAGUAUCCUACUCCCUGGUAUCUUUUUUGAAAUCUCCAGUGGGAAGGAGAAAUCCAUUUUCUUGCCAGCUUUGUAUGGAGUUCAGAGUUUGUUGGCGGGUGGGGGUAGGAUUAGCUUCAGAAUAUUAAUGGUUACUUUGAACAUAGGGUGAAGUUUACUCUCCACUUUUCUGGGGGCUUAGUCUUCACCUUUCUGGGUCAAAAACACUGUGCAUUGGAAUUCAGUGGUACUUUUUGGUUAAUGCCCUAGUCCAGAAGUUUUCAAAGCCUCUCAUCAUAUGGAUCACUAAAGUAUGAGAAUUGAAUGAACAGUUUCCCAUUCCAUACAUCUCCAUUCCGCACCACAAUAUCCCUGUUGCAAGUAAUGUACUUGGUGAAUUAGUAAAUGCCAAAUUACAUUUUUUUGAGAAGAAAUAAUUUGAAUCCUGUCUUCUUUUUUUUUUCUUUUCCUUCCUCUUUCUCUAGCUGCUUCUACAGGCAUCAAUGUUCUGUAGUGAGGAGCUUGUUUACUCAUAGAAGACACUGUAAAUGAGCAGCUAGCACAAGCUAAAAGCAAGAACCCUUGUAAGCCAUAAUUUGAGAACUGCUGCCACAAUAUUUUUCUCCAGAUGUAGAUCUGAUUUUAAAUUACAUGUGAAAUGAUUUUUUUUUCUUACUGUACUCCUUAGCAAAUACUCAUCCCAGAGUGUGGUACAACUGACCAUCUUUGUUCAAUGUGCCUAGAUUGGAAUAGCAGGAUGUUAGGAUUGAGAGGUACUGACAGAGACAUUGGGAUAGCUAGCAGUGGGAGAGCAGGAGCUGUUCAAGAGUAGGAUGAGGGUAUGUUUGCGGCUAUGUGGAGGGCGGCAGGGAGUUUGUAUGGAUCCCUUCACUUUUGUGAAAUGGCAUAAGUUUUUUUGUUUUGUUUUUGUUUUUGCUGUGGUUUACAGAUAAAUACAUUUAAUUGGUUAUCUACUGUACUGAUCCCCGCUGCUUGCAGAGCUGUAGUGCUCUGACUUGGAAGCCCCAAGUCCUAGGCUGACUUUGGAUUCUUGAGUCGAGUUUCAGGAGGAGGGUUGAGUUUGAGAGGGGUUUUGUUUGUGUGUGAUGGCUGAGUGGUGCCAUACUCGAUUACCUCUCCUCCCUGAGAUGGCUGUCUGAACAUUUUAUGUGAAGAGGAAGUUGCCUUUCAUUUCAUCUUAUAAAGUUGUUGGUUCUAUUCAUCUGCUGAUAAGGUGGAAUAAGUAAAGCUCUCUGGAGCAUGAAUAAUAUUGAAUACGCAAAAAAAACCUUUCAGGCACAAGCUUCUUGUAAAUUCAAAGAGCAAUGUUUGAAUGAUGCAAGAAGCUGCAUGUUUCAUUGUGCUAUACUGGAGUGCAGCAGAAAUGAAGAGCCCUUGCUGCAGUGAAUUUAGAUCAAGUUUACUGCAAGAUACAUGGGGCCUUAUUAAGCUGCAAUGCAACAAGGAAAUUCCAUGUGAAAACUGCUGGCUGCCUUCUUAGCACUUAUCUAUGAGCCUAGUAUUGGACAUCUGUAACAUCUAGCAAUGCAUGUGGAAAGAGGUAACCCCUUUCAAAUAAUCUGAAAUGACUUGGAUUAUUUUUGUUAAAUUAAGUUUGACUUUCUUGAUAUAACACAAUACAAGAGGACAAACCAGUACAGCUCUUCUAAGGAUAAAUCUGGUCUCUAACUUGUUGCAAUUCUUUGAAAGGGUUAACUAAAUAAUGACA